CUUUCUUUCCUCUCUUAUUAUAUUUCCAGUAAAUACAAAGAAAUGGUCGGUCAUUCUGGAAAAAGAAGAACACAUCACCCAAAUAUGGAGCAAGAAGAAGAAGAAGGAUCUUCUUGGGUGGAAUUAUUGGAUCAGUCCAUCGAUGAUUUAAAUCACUCGUGAAAAGGCUUUGGAAAGAAUGAAAUCAAUAUUAAGACAACAUAAUGCGACGGUACCUUUAGCGUCACGGACAGAAGAACUUGUUGAAACUCUUAUACAACGUAUAGACAAUGGUGAAAGUCCGAGUGAAAUACUUUUGGCUACUGAAAUCUUGGGACUUGCCUUUAUCAAUCAUAGUGAUGGUUUCUCUCAUUCUGAUCAAGAAUUGUUAUACCAAGAUGCUUCCAGAGCACUUCGACACAAAGCCAAGAAAACAAAAAGUAACAAAAUCAAAGCUCAAUGCUACGAAACCUUGGCUCUCCUUACCUAUUUAAUAUCUUCACAAAUUGAUGCUCAGAUGAUCCGGCACGAGAUGUAUAAUAUUAUUGCUGCAAAUGGCGAAGUAGAGGAAGAAAUCAGUGGUCAUGUUGAUCAAGAUGAUGAUCAGGAUGAAGAUAAUGAUACUUUGAUGACUGCUGUUACUCAUGCCUAUGGACUCAUGUUUAUUAUAUCAUUUUGUCAAGGACCGGUUAAUCCUGAUAUCAUUCAAGAAGAAAUGGACAAGAUGCUUGGUGAAUUAGAACUUUUGAUGGAUUUUCCUGGUAAACUUCAAUCCGCAGCUGGGCAAACAGUGGCAUUGAUGUUUGAAACCUUACAGAUUCUCACUGAUCAGGGAGAAGAUCAAGAACAAAAUGAACUCAAUGAAUUAAUACAUACACUUCGAACGUUAUCAAUGGAUCAAGAUGAUGAUGAAUAUAUAUUUCAAGAUAUUCUAAAUACUGUAGAAGAUGGAGGUCAACCUUAUCACGAAGUGGAUAUUAACGGAAAAUCAUUUAUACUGGAUCGAUGGUAUUAUACCGUUGUAUGCAUUCCAAAGAUGUUUAGGUAAUGGUUUGGAUCAAUAUUAUAAGUCAAAUGAUGUUAUCUGGAAGCUCUUUGGAAAGGAAGAUGAAGAACGAUCGGAUUCAGAAUCAUCAGUUGAAGAACCAAGUUUGGCAUCGACGAUCAAAUAUGCUACCAAUAUUAGUAGGUUCGACAAACACAUGGUGUAUCAAGAAUCCAAGAAAUCGAGAACAAAACGAAUAGGUGCGGCUAGAUCAGGAAAAGAUCGUUCAUAAAACAAAAAAAAAAUCUUUAGUUUAGAUAUUGUAGUUUAUAUAGAUUACACUUCAACACAUUAUUUAGUAUUAGAUUUUUUUUUUUUU